GGUUUCUUGUUUUCUUGCGGAUGACAAAUGAUGCUAGUUGAAGGCUAACCGUGUUAAAACCAGUGACAGUUACAGCUUUCGGGACCAUUCUGACAUUUAUUUAGCUUUUUUCGCCCAAAAAAAAUUGUAAAGCUUUAAUCAUGAUGCAAUUUAUACUUGGCUUCACUCUGGGAAACGUGGUUGGUAUGUAUCUGGCACAGAAUUAUGAGGUGCCCAACAUUUUAAAGAAAAUAGAGGCCUUUAAAAAGGACGUGGAAGCCAAGAAGAAACCUCCAGAUUAACAAAUAUGAGUCACAAGUGGAAAUAAGGCUCAUUAUGAUGAACAUUUUGGAACAAGGAAAUAUACUCAAUGUUACUGUUCAUAAGUAUGAACAAAAGAGCCCCAAAAAUGCAGAGUAUAAUCCUAGUGUCAAUGGUGCCUCAAUGUGUUCAAAGUUGAUGUGUUCUGCUGCGUUUUGCAUUGUAUUCCCUGUCCUCUUUUUUUAAGCAGGGUACAUUUGUUUUACACCUGAUAAAGAUAUGUUUGCUGUUACAAAUUGUUUAAUUAUUUAUCAGUUGAAUAGCAAACAACAGUACUUUAUAAAAGCUUCUUAAUAUGAUUAUGUUCUAAAGGAGCGAGCUUGCACAAAUACAAAUGACAAUAUUAACUUGAACAAUUUCUGUAGUCUCCUUCAUUUUCCUCUUUAAAAACUCUUGUCGUUACGAAUCA